CAAGGCCUUUCAGCUCCUGGUGCUGCCCUGCUAGUGAGAUUGCCAUGAGGAUCACUUUAAUCAGCUUUGAGACCUGCUAAUGCUGUAGAGAUCUUUGAAGGACUACUGCUGUUUUCAUCUUCAUGCAGCUGGUGCACGACGGAACGAACAUCAUGUCUCUGUGCCAUCGCUGGAAGAGAUGCAUCUCCAUAGGACCCGUGUGUUCCCCCGCGGGCUACAAGAAGGCGGAUGAUGAGAUGUCCGGAGCCACGUCCUCGGCGGAUCUGGACGAGGCGCCAGCCCGCACCAUUUACGUGAACCAGCCCCAGCAGAGCAAGUUCCGCGACAACUGGGUCAGCACAGCCAAGUACAGCGUGGUGACUUUUCUACCUCGAUUCCUGUAUGAGCAGAUAAGAAAAGCUGCAAAUGCAUUCUUCCUCUUCAUUGCCUUACUGCAGCAAAUUCCAGAUGUCUCUCCAACAGGAAGAUAUACCACCUUGGUGCCAUUGCUAUUUAUUUUAACUAUUGCUGGCAUCAAAGAGAUCAUAGAAGACUAUAAAAGGCAUAAGGCAGACAGUGCAGUGAAUAAAAAGAAAACAGUAGUUCUAAGAAAUGGGAUGUGGCAGAACAUUAUAUGGAAAGAGGUAGCAGUAGGCGAUAUUGUGAAGGUCACCAAUGGGCAGCAUCUUCCAGCAGACAUGAUCAUUAUAUCUUCCAGUGAACCUCAAGCCAUGUGCUAUAUUGAAACAGCUAAUCUUGAUGGGGAGACAAAUCUUAAAAUACGACAGGGCUUGUCUCAAACUGCUAGUCUCCAGUCAAGAGAAGAACUGAUGAAAGUAUCUGGAAGGAUAGAAUGCGAAGGGCCGAACCGCCAUCUCUACGACUUCACCGGGAACUUGCGCUUAGAUGGUCAAAGCCCCGUUCCUGUUGGUCCAGACCAGGUCUUGCUAAGAGGUGCACAGCUGAGGAACACUCAAUGGGUCCUGGGUAUUGUCGUGUAUACAGGACAUGAUACAAAACUCAUGCAGAAUUCAACCAAAGCACCUCUGAAGAGAUCAAAUGUGGAGAAAGUAACCAACGUGCAGAUCCUGGUUUUGUUCUGUAUUCUUCUGGUCAUGGCCCUUGUGAGCUCUGUAGGUGCCUUACUAUGGAACAGAACACACGGCAAGGUCGUCUGGUACCUUGGCUCCAACAAAAUGCUGUCUGUCAACUUUGGAUACAAUCUGCUGACAUUUAUAAUCUUGUACAACAACCUUAUUCCAAUCAGUCUUCUGGUGACCUUGGAAGUUGUCAAAUUUACUCAGGCUCUUUUUAUAAAUUGGGACAUAGAUAUGUACUAUCCUGAGACAGACACACCUGCAAUGGCCAGAACCUCAAACCUUAAUGAGGAACUUGGGCAGGUAAAAUACCUGUUUUCUGAUAAAACAGGUACUCUGACAUGUAAUAUCAUGAACUUCAAGAAGUGCAGUAUUGCUGGAGUGACGUAUGGUCACUUUCCAGAGUUGGAAAGAGAACGCUCAUCAGAAGACUUCAGCCAGCUACCUCCUUCCACCAGUGAGUCAUGUGAAUUUGAUGACCCAAGACUGCUGCAAAACAUUGAAAAUGACCAUCCCACAGCUGUGCACAUACAGGAAUUCCUCACUCUGCUGGCCGUGUGUCAUACUGUUGUUCCUGAGAGACAAGGAAACAAAAUAAUCUACCAGGCAUCCUCUCCAGAUGAAGGGGCUUUAGUGAAAGGAGCAAAAAAACUUGGUUAUGUCUUCACAGGAAGGACUCCACAUUCAGUUAUCAUUGAUGCGCUGGGAAAAGAAAAAACCUUUGAAAUUCUUAACGUGCUGGAGUUUUCCAGUAACAGGAAGAGAAUGUCAGUGAUUGUUCGAACUCCAGCAGGACAACUCCGUCUCUACUGCAAAGGGGCUGACAACGUCAUUUUUGAGAGGCUUUCAAAAGAUUCCCAGUAUAUGGAGCAAACGCUGUGCCAUCUUGAAUACUUUGCCACAGAAGGUCUGAGGACUUUGUGCAUUGCUUAUGCAGAUCUGUCAGAAAAUUCUUACAGAGAGUGGCUGAACAUCUACAAUGAAACCAGUACGCUUCUGAAAGACAGAGCUCAGAAGCUGGAAGAAUGCUAUGAGAUCAUUGAGAAGGAUUUACUGCUUCUCGGAGCUACAGCUAUUGAAGACCGCCUGCAAGCAGGUGUUCCAGAAACAAUAGCCACGCUAAUGAAAGCUGAAAUUAAGAUAUGGAUUCUGACAGGGGACAAACAGGAAACAGCUAUCAACAUAGGGUACUCGUGCAGACUCAUUUCACAGAGCAUGUCUCUCAUCCUGGUCAAUGAGGAUUCUCUAGAUGCAACAAGAGCUGCUUUGACUCAGCAUUGUACCAGUCUGGGGGAGUCGCUGGGCAAGGAAAAUGACAUUGCUCUGAUUAUUGAUGGCCAUACGCUGAAGUAUGCCCUUUCAUUUGAAAUCAGGCAGAGCUUUCUGGACUUGGCACUCUCCUGUAAAGCGGUCAUUUGUUGCAGAGUAUCUCCUCUACAGAAGUCUGAAAUAGUAGACAUGGUAAAGAAACACGUGAAUGCCAUAACACUUGCCAUUGGGGAUGGUGCCAACGAUGUGGGAAUGAUCCAGACAGCUCACGUCGGAGUUGGGAUCAGUGGCAACGAGGGCAUGCAGGCAACCAAUUGCUCGGAUUAUGCUAUCGCACAGUUUUCCUACUUGGAGAAGCUGUUGUUGGUCCAUGGAGCUUGGAGUUACAAUCGAGUUACCAAGUGCAUACUGUACUGCUUCUACAAGAAUGUGGUUUUGUAUAUUAUUGAGCUUUGGUUUGCUUUCGUUAAUGGAUUUUCUGGGCAGAUCUUAUUUGAGCGAUGGUGCAUUGGUCUGUAUAAUGUGAUUUUCACAGCAUUGCCACCCUUCACUCUGGGAAUUUUUGAGCGAUCGUGUACUCAAGAUAGCAUGCUUAGAUUUCCACAGCUAUACAAAACCACUCAAAAUGCAGAUGGGUUCAACACAAGGGUUUUCUGGGGUCACUGCAUCAAUGCCCUGGUCCAUUCCAUCAUUCUCUUCUGGUUUCCAAUGAAAGUGCUGGAGCAUGAUGCUGUAUUCACAAAUGGACAGGGAAUUGACUAUUUAUUUGUUGGGAACAUAGUUUACACUUAUGUUGUAGUCACUGUUUGUCUGAAAGCUGGCUUGGAAACAACUGCAUGGACAAGAUUCAGUCACCUGGCGGUCUGGGGAAGCAUGCUGCUCUGGCUGGUCUUCUUUGGCAUCUACUCGGUCAUCUGGCCCACGUUCCCCAUGGCACCCGACAUGCUCGGGCAGGCUGGAAUGGUGUUGAGAUGUGGAUACUUCUGGUUUGGCUUGUUUCUCGUGCCCACUGCCUGCCUUGUUAAAGAUGUGGCAUGGACAGCGGCAAAGCACACCUACCAUAAAACGUUGCUGGAGCAAGUUCAGGAGUUGGAGAUGAAGACGAGAGAGCUGGGAAAAGCCAUGCUUCGUGACAGUAAUGGAAAGAGUGUGAACGAACGUGAUCAUUUGUUAAAAAGGCUCGGCAGGAAAACUCCUCCGAGCCUUUUCCGUGCUCAUUCUGUCCAGCAAAGUGUAUCACAUGGGUAUGCGUUUUCUCAAGAAGAACACGGUGUUGUCUCCCAGUCCGAAGUUGUUCGAUCCUACGAUACGACCAAAAGGAGAACAGAAAUAGAAUAAAUGGUUCCUCACGUGAUGGGUGGUGGGCAUAACGGGAUUUGGAUCGAUGCAUCCACUCUUAAUGCAGUCUUGACUAGGGCUGGCAACAGCAGCCAAAACACCAGAGAACUCAUUUCUGUGGCCUUAGCCAACAAGUUUCUGUAUUCUCCCUGCAAACCUUGAAUAUUUAUUGUGGGGGGAAAUCAUCGUUUGAAUUCAGUUGCGAAGUUCUGCCUAAAGUUUUGUUUAUGUUGUUACAAAGCAUUUGACUGUGCUAUGUGAGGUGUGAAAUUAAAACCAAUGUUUUACCACUAUUUAAAGCAUCAGCAUAAGGUUGUUCUGGGAGAAAAGUAGAAAAUUUAUGUUCCAUGAGAAAUCAGCCUUUGCUUAAUUGGAACGGGGUGCUGAGACUUCCUGUUCGGUUACAUCCAGACCAGGAGCGCAUGGCUGCAUGCAGACCGUAUUCCCUGUAACAUUCACUGAUCACUAGACUUUCAUUUAAAUUUUUAACAAACAAUUUGGCAUAAAUUUUAUUUAUUGCAAUGGAAACACAAACUGUAGCUAAAAAUGCUUAUUUGCCUUCUCAUGACAGAAUAGGACAAUAGCAGUGAAUUACACAGAAUCCUUCCUGCCCUCUUGGAAGACUUAUUAGGGCUCUAUCUUAGCUUUCUGAAAACCAAGUAAUAGCUUACCCCCAAAGCCAGGACGUGAAAGUUGGAGGGCUUGCCAGGGCAGCUGUAUUGAGCGUACCGCAUUCUGCACACAAUGAACUCAAAUAGGUAACUCUGCGGGUUGUAUUUGGCCGUGCUCUUCAGAUUUAGCCUGGGAUUUCCCUCCGUUAUCCCACUCCCAUCGUAACAACAGGACAAAACAGAACAGAAAGGUAGAAGCUUUUCACAGUGUUAGGAAGAAGAGCACGUGCAUCCGCAACCAACUGCUGCGAUCCCAAAGGGGCAUUCCUCUUGCACCAGGUAGGACGGGCUGGCAGGGGGAAGUCAGGGGGGGUUCACACACAUGUGCCUGCACACACAGAGCUGGUCAUUGUGAAGAGACGUGCUGUUUGUUUGUUCAGCCAGAGCAGUCUCUUUUCCAGAUCAGAUCCAUCGACAGGCUUCUGACGCUUCCACUUUGGAGCCCUGGAAGGAAUGCUGGCUUCACCGACUCACUGGGAGUGGGGCAAGCGUGCUGCUGCAUAUAUUGGAAUUAUGGGGAAAAACAAGAGAAAACAGGGGCAUAACUAAAAGCUGAAAGAGCCCUUAGAAAGCUUACAGUGUCCUCCAGACAAGUUCUGUUAAUUUUAGUUGCCAAGCCACGUUUCUGAAUAGCAUAAAGUAAAUAGUGCUGUGUUUUAGCCAGGUUUCAUGGUUAAUGUAUGUACUACAUCUGUGCGUUUAAAAAGUUGGCGCUGUGUUUUGCCCUAUUGACCAUCAUCCAGAACUUUUGUUGAUUUAAAUAUAUCCGAAAUCAAUUUGAAUGUGAGUAUUUAUGCUUAGCAAGGAGAGGGGGAAAACCAAAAACAAACCAAAACCAGCCUGGCCCACUGGCUUCAUCUUCCUGAAGGGCUGUAGGUAAACGCCAGCACCCACGUGUGGCGCUUCCAUCCCCAGUGCCACCCAGAGUCCCCAUCCACGUUAAAAAGAAAGUUUGGCUCCUGCAGCACCAGGCAGGAUGGCUCUUGGCUUAGGCUGAUGGCACAGAGGGAAAAGUCAUCACCUUCUCUCUGCACUGCUAAGGAGACAAUUGUGCAAUAAAGGAAAAUCGCAAGUAAUUUUGCCAUAGGCAUGAAUGUCAAGGGGCCAAGUGUGUGUAUGUGUGCGCGUCAUUUUCUGGGAGGUGACUUCUGUUUAAAGGUGGGAAUACUUGGGGAGAGAAUAAAGGAGGGGAGGCUAAACCUGAUCCCAGGAGCUUUUAAAUCUUAAUCCUGAUCUAACCUUUUAAACAGUCUCUUUUAUUUGGAAACAAAAUCUAUUUAGGAAAUGCAUGGUGUCCUCGAAACUGCUAACUGCUUCUUCCUUUUGUAACACCCCAAGUAAAAUUAACUUCCCACUGAGACAAAGUGAGAUCAGCUUAGUCUUUGUACGCUAAGCCACACACUGAACGUUGGUAUGUAAACAAUUUGGAGGCUUUUCAUGAGGAUACUGGAGGAAAAAAGAAAAA